UCCCAGAACUGUGGCCAUUACUUCACCCCAAAGCAAUGUGGAUGGACAUCUGCAGAGGUCACAUUGAAGGAACAUGGAAUCAUCUGCUGUGGAAAUGGAACUAAUAGAAUUACAGGAGGACCUGGGUCUAAAAAUGAUCCAUAAAUCCCAGUCUACAACUGAGUUCUGGAAGCAAGUUCCAGAAAUAAAAUAUCCUGAACUGAAGAAAACCAGUGUGCGACUCAUCUCAAUUUUCAGCACAACAUACUGCUGUGAAUCACUGUACUCCGUAAUGAAGUUUGUGAAGUCGAAGCAUCAUGCUAUCCUUACAAAUCAACACCUGACGGAGCUAAUUCGUACAUCCUUGACAACAUAUCAGCCGGAUUUUCGACUCACAGCCAAGAUGGAGACUCAUAAGACCUCUACUAGCAGUAAAUAGCCUGAUAAUUGCAGCAAUGUCUGUUUGUGUAAUAAAAAUAUGAUUAUAAUUUUGU